AAAGCUGCGACCUUACUGCAUCCAUCAGUUUUUUUAGUCGCAAAACUUGAGUAUCUUAAAAGUAAGAAAUCCGUGGAAUUGAACAAAAUUCGCGACGAGCACACAUGGAAAACGGAGUGGAACAUGGUGCAGACGAUGCAGGCGAAAACCAGGUGGUAAGCAGCUCCGACGGCGAGGGCGACUGCGAUGGCGAUGGUGAUGUGGAGAGGGAGGGGGACGUGCUGCAGCCGCCGCCGCCGCAAAUAACAAACGAUUGUGAUGUAGAGGGAGCUAGGCAGGGGGAGGGGGAGCGUGGACUGUCGGUGACGGAAGCUAUAGACGCCACUCCGGAUUCCGGACCACCGCCCCUGGACGAAGCAGCACCUGGGGCCAUGCUGGAGGACAACCUGUGCGACAAGGAUGUGGACAGCGAUGCUGGUGACGAGGACAACGACGAUGAGGCCAAGGAGAACUAUGAGGGCUUCAAUGGCACCGGACGCACCGUCACCCUGCAAACACUGAUGGCCGCUAAUGUCCUGCAGCCGGGCUUGGGCCUUAUGACCAUCGAAUAUCUCGGCCAGAAGUUCGUCGGAGAUCUGCUAGCCGACGGCAAGAUCAAAUCCCAUGAGACUGAAACCAUAUUCCUCACGCCCAGCGCCUGGGCUAUGCACUGCAAGCGGAUCAUCAAUCCCGAGAAGAAGAGCGGAUGCGGAUGGGCCUCGGUAAAGUACAAGGGCAAAAAGCUAGACGCCUACAAGAACACCUAUCUGCGCAAGUGCGCCUUGCAAAAAGAGACGCCGCUUGAUGACUGCGACCUGGAUGCCGAACGCAAGUCAGACUCCCCGGAGAUUGUCGUCAAGCGAACUGUUUUCGCCCACAACACCGUAUCGAACCGCAAUGUAGUUCAUGACGCCAACAUGCUUAUUGAAUCGGUGCCGUUUACUUCGGUGGGCAAGCUGCAGCCAUUCCUCAUCACAGUCAACUCCUCUGCUCUAUUGCUGGCGGAUUUUCACUGCCAUUUGACGGUGCGCGAGGUGUGCGGCUAUCUGGGGGGCACCUGGGACAUGAACACACACACUCUGUCCAUCACAAAGACAUAUCCUUGCCGCAGCACGCGCUUCGAUCGACAGAGAGCCGGGGAAGUGGAGCGAGACAUACAGAAGAUGAUGAUCCAGGAUCAACUGCUGUUGGUUGGCUGGUAUCACUCACAUCCCAGGUUCCAGGCGGAACCAACUCUGCGUGACUGCGACUCACAAUUGGACUAUCAGAUUCGAAUGCGCGGAGCCAGCGAUCUCACCUAUACGCCCUGCGUCUCUCUUAUUAUAUCCCCUUACUAUGAUGAGAAUCCAACGCUGGAGUCGGUGGUUAAGUGCAUUUGGAUCGUGCCGCCCAACGAAAACAGGCAAUCUAUGGAGUACGGCAGGCCCAUGCUGAUGCAGUAUUCGGUGCUACCGGACAAGGAGAUACCCGAGGAGGUGCGCUCCGAGAUCCAGCUGUGCGUGGACUAUUACUCGCAGUACCGGAGCGAGGUGGUCAAGUUCCGAAACAUCUAUAACAACGACGUGACCUACAACGAGAAGCUGAAGAACACGCUCUACCCGAAGUUUCCCUCCAAGCAGAGCGACAAGGCGCUGUGGAACUGGAUUUGCGCUGUGCUGGAUUGCGAGCAGGAAGAUGACUUCAUUCCACCCAAGACCAUAAAAAUCAUCGACAAUGACGAAUUAGAAGUAAAGGAGGAAGACAAGCCUGUUGUUUUGAUGGAUCUUAGCAGUGAUGUAAAGAUUGCUCCACCCAAGGAGGAGCUGUUCAGUGAGUCGAUAAGCGCGUUGGAGGAGAGUGCGCGCAAGGCGGAGGAAGAGUCUAACGCACAGGCGGAGCAGAAGGCCAGCGAGCUGAAGGUGAUGUCGCUCCAGGAGCAGCUCUGCAUGCCCUCCGGACUAAAUAUGAACCCGGUGCGAAUGCUUUCGCCUCUUGCCACUCCUAACCCCACGAGUCAUCCGCCAGGACUGCCUAAUUUGGUAGCUCCAACUUUGCCGGCAGCCACCAGUCAGCUGCUUCCACCACAAAUGCCCGCAGCUUCCGCACCACCAGUCAUCCCACCAAUUGUAACGACAUCGGCCCUGACCACCGCUCUGAGUGCCUCGCCGAGGGACAGUCCCAUUACUAUCCAAUCGAACUCCGCCAGUCCAGCUAAGUUUGAGGUUCCGGUGAGGGCGUCACCAUCGCCCGCGAAGUCAGACACUUCGUCGCACGCCUCCACCUCCCGCACCCGUAACUCUCCGGCGCCCAGUCCGGGCAAGUUCAGCGUCAGCGAUAUUGCUCGAAAUAGUCCCAGCAUCACGCCUAAUAAGUAUGAGGCGACCGCCGCUGCUUUGGUCCCUCCAGCGGCCGCUUGCCUACCCACGGCCAACGAUCUGAUGGCCGCCAGUUUGGCUCAGCUGGCAGGACAACUUCCUCCGAACUUCCUUCAAGGCGACCUGGCUGCUCUCUUCCAGCAGCAGCGUAAGGAUUACGGCAGCUCCUCCCUUAAUCAGCUGGCAGCGGCCGCAGCCAAGGUGGGGGGCUCCAAACAAAGCAAUGCCACCGCUUCCUCCGGCUUGAGCGAUCCCAAUGUGGCAGCCGCUGUGGCCGCCUACUCGAAUAGCUUCAAUAUGCCACUGCCCACGGGAGUAGGAAUUGGAGGAACUGGCAACAAUAACGCCCACAGCAGCAGCAAGUCUAAAUCGGAGCGAUCAUCGAAGUCGUCGUCUUCUUCUUCCUCCUCCAACUCCAGCUCAACCUCCAAUUCGUAUAAAACGAAGCUGAUGAAGGAGCUGGACGAACUAAAAAAUGAUCCACUUAAGAUGAGCGAGCUCAUCCGUUCUCCGGAAUAUGCUGCUCUGCUCCUUCAGCAAGCUGAAGCGCUGGGAGCCACUACCCUUGGCACUCUGGGUUUUGGAUCCGACUACAGCUAUCUGACAGGAGCGGGACUUGGAGUGCCCACUGCAAAUGCUUUGACUGGUGGUCAGCCCUCAAAUUCAUCAUCUAGCAAGUCUUCAAAAUCUUCGAAUGCUGCAGCGGCGGCAGCUGCUCUCAGUGCCGAUUACAACAACCUUAUCCAGGCAUCGAAGCUACUCGGCUACGACUCCUACAUGCAGCAAAGCAAGCAGAGCAACGACCUCAAUGCGUUCCUCCAGCAGCAGAUGGCGGCAGUGGCCGCCGCUUCGAUUCCACCGCCAUCUCAGUCUGCCUCCAGUGGCAGUUCCAACAGCAGUUCAUCCAAGAAGCAGCAACAGCAGCAGCAACAGUUGCAGCAGCAACAUCAGCAACAACAGCAGCAGCAACAACAGCAGGCGGCUGCUCAGGCGGAUUACACGGCACUAUUGCAGACCUACACCAAGUUGUUUGAUCCCAACAACCAGUUCGCGGCGGCGAUGUCCUCCAACAAGCACAUGGCAGGAGCUCACAAUGAGCUCUCCGCUCUCCUGUCCUCCGGAGUGGGCGUGUCAGGAGGUUCGAGUGGAGGUGGAUCGAAGCAAAAGCAGAAGGACAUACAGAGCGAUAUGCUGAAUCAGCUGUUGCAGCUGGAGAAGCAGGACUCGGAGAUCAAAGCGCUAUUGUAUCGUCAAAAUAAAGCCGCGGCUGAUUUGGACGCCCUGUUUGCCACGCCCUCGGGAGCUGUCGUGGGAGCUGGAUCCUCAGCGAAUGCCAUGAAGUCGGGAAGCUCCUCAGGCAAUUCUGCGGUUUCCGGUAUUUCCUCACCCUCUUCCCUAUCCAAUCAAGCCGCUUACUACAAUGCGUUGGCGCAGGAAAAGAUGCAAGACUAUGCUGCCUUCUUUCAGCAGCAGCAUGGCAAAUAUGGCAUACCUGAUCCACUGUCUAAAACCACACUAGCGGCAAAUAACAUGUUCAUGACUCCGUCGGCUUUGUUCAAAAUUCAGCAGGAAUCGCUGUCGGCCAUGAUGAUGAAGCCACCCAAGUCCACGACGCCUUCAUCGGCGCGCACACGCGAGUCAUCGGCCUCGCCAGCUUUGGAGCGACUGACGCCCACCAAGUCGGCUAACAGUGGAGGAGGCGGCGGCGGUGGCAGCAGCAGCGGCAUCAACUCAAACUCGGGCGGCAAGUACAACUUCAGUGCCGUGGACCUGGCCAUCUCGAGUGUGCCCUCGAACACACCCUCUCCGGCGCCCUCCGACGGAAGCAGCAGUUCUUCGCAUCGACGUCCCUCGCCGGACCUUAGCCGCCUCUACGGAGAGCUGGCACCACCUGGAGCACUCCUCGGCAGCGGUGGAGUGCCCAAGAAGCGCAUGGAGUUCGCCUCGGUGGCAGAUCUGGCUGCACCGCCGCCGGCCAAGAUGCCCAAAAACAGCAUGGGCGAUGACAUCCUGAACUUGUCGCACGACUAGAAUAGAUGAAAUGGAAUCCUUGCCAGCGCAAUCGCAAUCGCAGUCGCAGUAUUUCCCCAACAGUAUAUAUUCCCAUACUUAAUGCCGCGUAGCAUCCAUUAACAUACCAGUGUCCGUCAUUUUAAUCGCCCAAUCAGUAUCUCUCGGGACAAAUAUUUUAUUUUAAAUCUUCCUUAUUACUUAUUUAAGUCGAAUUCUUGCUAAGUGUAAAGUUCAUAGAUCAGAAUUAUGAAUCUGAUCACCAGCAAUUUACAAACAAUUACUUUUGAAUACUUCUAUUUUCAAUUAUGUUCUUGAACCCAGAUAUGCCGUGCAUAUCGAAACACAUCAUUACGAUCUGUAAAGAUUUUUUCAGACCUACGAGUGAAUCUCCGCUUUUACUCAUCUUACGAGCGCUGAAUGUCCUUAAACGUUUAAUUUAAUGUACUCGUACUAAUUUAGGUUUAAUUACCGCAUAAAAGUACUUUAAGUAUUUUAAUAUACAGACAGCGCACAACACAUCAACUGUAUUGUAUUGCCUACCGCAUUAACUAUAACUUUGAAUCUUUGCCGCAAUAAAUUAAACGACUAGUUACUUAGUUUACGAAAA